AUGUGGGCUCUAAUCGAAGGCUAUGUGAAAGAAGGGACACAAGUGUACGAAGCAUCAUCGGGCAAUACUGCCGCUUCACUUGCCUACAUGUGCCGUCUUCUUAACGUACCAUUCACGGCAAUCGUUCCCGACACCAUCGAAGACAUCAAAGUGAGGCAUAUCAAGGAGUACGGUGGGGCAGUUGUCAAAGUGCCGUUGGGAGAGAGAUUGAUCCGAGCACGAGACUUAGCCGCAGAGAAUGGCGGAUUUUUUAUGAAUCCAGUUUGGUAA